GCGACGACGACUUCGACUUCGACCGCGGUCCGACGACACGACUCGUUUUCUACGACGACCGUCGUGUGUAGUGGGUAUCAUAUGAAGCACGUCUUGCGCCAUUCCGUCGUCUACACAUGGACGUGUCACACGUGUAGUUUGUGCUCGCGCUGCACACCGUAACGACUCGACUAUCGCGCGCCGUAUCGUUUUUUUUUUUUUUUUCAAUCGACAUAAAUAAAAAAAAAUAUUUUACGACAGAAAUUCGACGUCGUGCGAUACUACAGUCAUCGUAUAUAUUUUUCAAUUUUUACGCUCGUUUUGGCAGUCGUCGUGUGCGGGAGGCUGCAAUAGUGCCGUGGCAAUUAACGCUGUCCGCCGAUUUCGACGCGUGUGAUCACAUACCCGUGUAAAAUAAAAAUACGCCGUGUUUAUAUUAUUAUCAAUGUAAUAUAAUAAUAAUAAUAAUAAUAAUAUAUUAUAAUUGACGGCGAUCCCGUCYGRAACACCGCCUCGCACUCGACGUCGGGAAUAUAUUGUGUACAAUUUUUUAAAAUUUUUAAAAAUAGAAAAACCGCGCGGCACAUGCGCCACUAGUUCUAUUAUUGUACGAACGCAGGUCGAAUUACUCGUGCUCGUGCUGUGGCGGGAGGGCGACCGUGGAAUUCAACACGACGACGGCAUAACCGUUCGUAUCUUCACAGCAGUGGCAACAGCUGCACCACCGCCGGUGUCCCGCCGUUAUCAGUGCCGCGGCCGUUGUUAUCAGUGACGUUUGUUUUCGUUAUUUUUGUUGAAUUUUAUCUYAUAGUUGUUGCUGCCGCGUAUACCCGUACUCUGGAACCACAGACGUUCGUCCCUCACGUCCCGACCAAAAUAAAAUCGCCCGUAGAUAACAUAGUACGUUGCCGUUUGYUGCGGUCGGCCGGUGCUGACCGCAUCGCGUGUGCGUGUAGUGCGUGGAUGACCAGUCGUAGGCGGUCAAGUGCAUGAGGUGGACAGCGAUGGACAGUGCGUCUGGCGGUGGCGGCCGCGACAAUAGAUUCGGCAUGGGUUACGCGUCGAACAUGUCGCUGUUGGACCCGUCGGACAUUUACAACAAUGGCGUUGGUGGUCAACAACAACGGCCGUCCACGUCCCGUACACCACCCAUGAUGGGAUGCGGUCCUGGAGGUCCUGUACACCAGCGUGGCAUCAAGCGAUCGCUGGGCCCCGGCACAAACAUGUGCUAUGAACCAACCGACCACCAUCGGUUGGUCGACGACAAUUUUUCGCCACCUUCGGUAAAGGAUGUUUCACCGUCGAAUGGCAAGAAGACCAAAGGCCGUGUAAAAAUCAAAAUGGAAUACAUUGAGAAUAAGUUGCGCAGAUACACUACGUUCUCCAAGAGGAAAACCGGUAUCAUGAAGAAGGCCUACGAGUUGUCAACACUAACAGGCACUCAAGUGAUGCUAUUAGUAGCAUCUGAAACGGGACAUGUGUAUACGUUUGCCACGCGCAAGUUACAGCCUAUGAUUACUUCUGAAGCUGGCAAAGCGCUUAUCCAAACAUGCUUAAAUUCACCAGACCCGUGCCCGUCAUCAUCAGGUGCAAACUCAGGAGACCAACGCAUGUCAGCAACUGGAUUCGAGGAGACCGACCUGUCUUACAACAUUGGUGACGACCACGAUUCCAAAGAAACCGACGGGAUGAGUUCUAGAGCGUCGGACAGCGGCGCAGAGUCUAGCGGAUCCGAAUCACCGCCCCCCGCAGCAGCCGGUCCAGCCACGCGGUCACCGCCGUCGCCGUCGCCGCUGACGUCCUCCUCGGCAGCGGCAGCAUCAGCAGCCACCGCGUCUCCCGGGAUUUUCAGAUUGACGUCGAGCAACGCGGAGUUGGUGUACUCGAACCUUGCAGCCAUGGUCAAUUCGUCCGGCGCUUCCGGUCCACAGCAGCAGGCGGCCGUCCUGUUCCGGUUGGGGCAGCUAGGCCGUCAGCUCCAGGCAUCCGGACAACAACCGUUCAUAUUGCCGAUGCCGAAUCCGCCAGCGGCGCACCAGACACCCGCCGAUCUCAGCAGCAAGUCGUCGCGGAACAAAUCGGAACUCUGAAAUCCUUACGGGCGGYCAGCGUCCAUGUAUAACGUCCAAAGUACAUGGUAUAUUAUAAUAAUAUGUAAAAUAUAUACCUGACGUGCAAGCCCACCGAUAGCGUCUUAAAUAAUAUACAAUUUUUAUCAUUA